CGUACUGCCGCAACUCCGUUUUCAGUUCGUGUUUGAGUUCGCGUUGCGGAGAGCUGUUUGGAGUUCCUUGGCAUUGCGUUUCUCUCGUUCGUGUUCUGUAUUUUCCUUACAACGCCGUCCCUAUCUCGUAGCUCGUGUAGUUUGUAUAAGUACACGUCUUUGUGGUUGCUCAAUUUUCUGGGAUUGGAGACGGUCGAGACUCAAGAGGUUGUCGAGUGGCCGGGUUGUUGCAGGAAGCCGGUGGAACCAGUCAGUCUAGACUCUACUGCUCGUCUCGGGACCAAAUUAAUCGGACGAAAUCAGCGACACUGCUUGCAACCCAGCAUCCUGGAAAGCCACUAUCCGGCCAUGAGAAGUAUCUGAUUGUUGGCUUCAGCAACGGUAGACAGGUAGAGACUCAUCCGUUCUCGGCACCAGUUGACAGCGUUGGUCUGGUCGUUAGCGGACGGAAAUGCGCAGCGCGCUUCACAUAUUUCUGGCGCUCUCGGUGUUCCUCCUCUCGACAGGGAAAUGUCACGCACGAGUCGAGGCCGAGGGCGAAGGAGAUGCCGAAUCCGGUAGUGGCAGUGGUGACGCACCUACACCACCUACUCCCACCUCACCGCCGCUGCAAUGCGAUGACACAGACUAUUACGAUUCGGACAACACGUCGUGUCAGCCGUGUUUGUGCUCCGAUGCCGGCUCCCUGUUCCCUUCCGACAUGCCCAUGACGAUGCAACAGCGACUCUGUGACCUGGUCUCCGGUGCAUGCAUGUGCAAGAUGUACUCGACUGGUCGACGAUGUGACAUGUGCCAAGCUGGCUUCUUUGUCCCGGAAUCCUCCAUUGCGUACACCAGUCGCUGUCGACGGGCGUGUGAGUUCAACUUGGAUUUAAACUGCCAAGCAUGUCGUUGCUCAUCAGUGGGUACUGCUAACCCAAUGGAGUGUAGUGAGAGUGGACAUUGCCAGUGUUUGACCAACUAUCUGGGUGCACUGUGCAGUGACUGUGCCGAUAACCACAUCUACCUGAGCAACUCCGGUCACUGUGUUGCACCUGCUGGAUUUUUCAUUCCGUUUGGUGCUGCACAUGGUGACAAAGUACGUCAGCCAUCGCUAGAAGUGCAGAAGAUCACAAUAUCUCUUCCGUCAGUUUUUCCCGUCGGGGAAAGCGUCUUUGCUCGUCUUAUUAUUUCAUCGGACGGGUUUGUCUCAACUGCUGAAUCGUUUAGCAGUGAUGCGUCGGUUGUGUUUGCUCCAUUCUACCUCAAUGACGGCACUGCCCGCACUGGUAAUGUUUCAUAUCAAAUUCAUACGUCUGCGGACACCCUGGGCCGAGUCAACUCCACUCUGCAGCAGAGCGGCUCCGUGGCGGAAGCAGUGCUGGCUGGUUUCAACCCUAGAUACGCACUGGUUGUGACCUGGAGUAAAGUCCAGCCUGUCCGUGAUGCUGCAGUUGAACUUACGAACUCAUACCAGCUUGUCCUAACAACUGAUGGAUGUGUGGGAUUUGCAGUUUUCAACUACAUGAACGGAUCGACGGCUGUUGGACAAGGACAAAUGCCCUGGCUCAUUGUACGCAACGGUCCUCAGCUACUAUGGCGGGCUACGCCCGAGUCUGUUCAACAUGGUGGAUAUCGUGUUGUCAUGGUAACCGAUGCCUGCGCAAUAGACUCCGACGCACAGCAGUGCGCUGAUCAAGCGGGAAGACUCGAAGCCAUCACCACGCCAACGGGUAUUGCUUGCCCGUUGUCCAGGCGACACGCACAGAUAGACUCCAGCUUUGCAGUGCUGGAGAGUUUCUCAUCGGACUGUUACACGAAUGUGUUCCCUGGGAAUCUGGUGUGUUGUUACGAUGGUGCAGGGUCGUUCUUAACCAGUGGAGCAAUGGCUAGCUUUGCCACCGCCUCACACCCGCUGACAGAGGCCGCGGCUUUCAACACGUCAGAGUGGGCUAUACGCACUCUGUGCUGUGCAGCCGGGUACUGUGACCUGUUCUAUGCCAAGCGGCCCAUCUUGGAGAACGUGGCCAGUCAGGUGCAAGCAGAGGAAUCUGGCGAGACACCAGCAGCAGUACUUUCCGUACAACUCCGAUCAUCCCAAGGAGCAGGUGAUCCACAUUUUGUGACAUUUGACGGUGCAGCUUUCACCUUCAAUGGUCUUGGUGACUAUCUUUUGAGUGAAGCUUACGAUGCCUCCAGUAACACUUCGGUUGUUAUUCAGAUCCGAACCAUUCUAGUACCCAACUCCAAAGCAACAAGCAUAGCUUCAGUUGCCCUGGCCCUGUAUCGUGGUACCUGGGAAAGUGGGGAACGAGUAAAUCUACUCAACUGCUCGUUGGACUCGAUGGCCCGCACCCUGAGCAUCAUGAGUGGCAUGGUGGAUAUCACCAGCAUGGUAAUAGCUCAUGCCAGUACAACUACAGCGCCGAUGAUUGUUGAUCAGUUCACCGCUGUGCGAUACACGACCGGAGCGAUCACUGUAUCAUUCUCUAGUGGUGUGUCUGCCACCAUCUCCAUCCUGUCUGCGUCGACUUUCUCAUUCCUCACAGUACAGGGAACAUUGAGUCUUGUGUACCGCAAUCAGACAAGAGGUUUGCUUGGCCGACUAAACGAUAACCCGGCUGAUGACUUUACAACAAGAAAUGGUACAAGUUUCCCUAUGGACAUCGCAGAAAGUACAUACUAUUUGGUUGGGCAAACAUGGCGUCUUUCAGAUGAGGAAAGUCUGUUUGGAUCGCCGUCCCCAUACGAUCCUACGCACCAACCGGACUUCUCUGACAUGAUCACGUUUUCGCCCGCCCUCAUGGCAGUCUGUGGUGACAACCGGGCCUGCCUCUUUGACAGCCUCCAAACCAAUGACACGGCAGUUGGCAUGGCAACGCAACAAACACAAGUCAUGCUGAUGGAGCAAAGAGCUGUUGAAGCAAACUUUCCACCCGUCAUCACUGCGCCAGCCACACUGUCCCUCAGCCUGAAUGUAGCUGCGGAGUAUGUGUUCAAUGUCACUGACUCCACUCCACCUAAUGUCACCCGGGAAACGGUUGGUAACAUUCUGGUUGCUAUGGUAACAUCUGAUAGCAUCACGUAUACCCUCAGCGUUACCAUAUCCGACCCAAUGACAUCACCUCCCAGCCUACGAAUCAUCGCCGUGGAUUCACUGUCGGCUGCCAGCUCAUUUCAACCUCUCAUCACUUUCUGCCCGUGUCGUAACAAUCAGCCGUGUCUUCCCGUCCGCCAGGGACAGGAUGGUGGAGCUGCUCGGAGCAUUGUAGCCCUGUGUAACUGCAGUCAAGCCUACGAUGGUCGUUAUUGUGAACAAGAUCGUAAUGGCUGUUCGGGUGUAUCUCACGACUGUGCAACCGGUGUGGAAUGUAGAGACCAAGACGCACCAGCUAGUGGGUAUACAUGUGGACCUUGUCCGCCGGCCUCUACAGGAGAUGGCAGAGUUUGUCAACCGAUACCAGUGACAUCGACUAUGCUUCCAACAGGUGAUCUUGGAUCUGGGCAAGGAGGAUCGUCAAAGGCUUGGAUUGCACCUGUCGUUGUCGCCAGUUUGAUUGUCGUCGUCUUCUUCAUCAUCUUUGGCUAUGUCCUGCUCCGUAAGCAAGGCACUGUCACAUACGUAGUGGCUAGCGACUUGGACGGGACAGCGGAGAAGAAAUCCACGAAGGUGAAGGGUGAGGUAGUGCCACUGGGUGUCAUGAAUCCGGCUUACGAGGAUGCCACAAUUACCCACAAGAAUGGAGUGGCCGCUAGCAACGGAGACGCGGUCAAGAGUGAAGAUGAUGAGGCAGAUGCUGGCCCGGACACACUGGUGAACAAGGGUGCUUUGGAACAGGAAGACACAUUCUCAGAGCGUCCUAUUGACGUUGCGUCCCCUGAUCGGAGCAACAACACACCGAAAGCGUCCAACGGACAGCAGUCGUCGAUGGGUGAGGUUUCCACGCUCAACGGCAAUGCACAGCCAUCCGGGGACGGCAAGGAGUACCCUGUACUCUUUCUCUAGCUCAGUGAUCCCAUGAUUGUGCUGUAGACCUGGCGAGCAGCAGCAGCAGCAGCCUGACCGCUUAUUACCACUAGCUACAUACACUGCAACGCUAUUACCUGUAGCCAUGGUAACUGAGCGUAAUGCCGGCACCAUGCAAUAGCGACACAUUUUUCACUGUGCCUGUACGCAUGCCUUCCACUUUCCUUGUCAGAGCCGGUGUGUGCGCGUGGAGUCUAAUCAGCCGUUGCAUGUGGUGUAGCUCGGGGAGGGGAGAGCAUUCACUGCGUGUUAUACACACGAUGUGAUGUCCGAACCCCGCUCCUUCUCACCCACUCCCUCGGCUCUGAUUAUUCACCAAACAUCACGUGACAUCACCAUGACAUCACCGUGACAUCACCGUGACAUCACCGUGACUAAUGUGUUCCUUACAGUGUGUACAUGCCAACACCACCAUUUCAUUUCUAGGGAUCUCAUUCUUAUUCUUUUUUUCCCCUUUUUCUCUUCCUCCUAGUUCUAGUGCACCAUGGCCAAUAUGAAUGUGUCUGUGAUUCCUGCUGUGAAUAGGAUGUUUCCACGAUCACGUUCGCGACUAGCUAGUACAUGCAUGCAAAUAUCCCAGACUACAAAGAUAUGUGUGUGCAUCAUUUUUUUGCUCGGACUUUCGCAUGACAGCCAGUAUGUUGUGUUUCCGCCCCAUUUUUCAAUGUCUAGUUGCUUGUCCAAUUGAGGACGGUGUCGCCUGGACAAGCAGUUGUUUGCCUCUCUCCCUAUCACGCUUGCAUUGCUUGGCCACUAUUAUCACCAUGACUACCUCCAGCACAAGAUUCAUGCCACUAUCACUGACUGCACACCAUUACAAUGCAUUGUGCACUCAUGCAAUCUUUUCUUUACAAGAGUACGCAUAAUGUAGACCUAUUUAGAUCGGUACGUGUAUCCAAUGCUGCUACAUGUACGUAAUGAUUAUGUUGUGUGAACUAGAGAGUCGGUUUUUACUAUUUUUUUUAUUAGUUUUAGAAGUAGUUUCUGUCAUUCAGAUUUAUAUUUCCGAACUCUAAAGAGUUUUCUGAUGGUAUAUUAGUCGUGACAUUAGCUGCAGUAUUCAAGCAUUACCAUGACAACAACACCCA